AGUAAUUAAUAUUGGAUCGUAUUUCACGAUUCUUUGUCUGUUCUUUCUUCUCCCUUAUCCCCCUUAGCUUCAUUCAUCCAGUGAAGUCGACACAUCACAGAACAGAACAGAACACAUUUUCUUCUGAUGGAGCAAACAUGGGAAAAUUGGCCUCUUCAUUCGGAAAUGGUUGAUGUAGAGAAUAUGCAAGGGCAAUAUUGUCAUCAAACAAGUACUGAUGAUGAAGAAGAGUUCUUGAGAGACAUAAUUCUUCAGCAACCUGUUACAUAUUCUGGAAGCAGUUUAUCAUCUUCUAGUGAGAUGGACGGUUCAGAUAGCUCGGGGAAAAAACUUCAUCUUUUAUCAACACCAUCCACUCCAAGGACAUUCAUUCUCUCUUUUGAUAAAUCUACCAUAAUACCAGCUACUACUACACCAGAAUCAGAAGAAGUACCAAGAACAAAGAGUAGAAGUAAUAAUAAUAAGAGGAGUUUGGAACCAAAAGCAAAAGCUAGUAACCAAACUGGAAAGAAGAGUAGAAGUGGUUCUCAGUGUUUGGAUCACAUUAUGGCUGAGAGAAAAAGAAGAUUGGAACUAUCACAAAAGUUCAUUGCACUUUCAGCUACUAUUCCUGGCUUGAAGAAGAUGGACAAGACCUCUAUACUUGGUGAAGCAAUCAAUUAUGUGAAAAUACUUCAAGAACGUGUGAAGGAGUUAGAGGAACGGAACAAGAGGAACAACGAAUCAACAAUAAUCCACAAAAGUGAUUUGUGUUCAAAUGAACAUAACAACACCUCAAAUGACACAAAUUCUGAUCAGGAUUGUUGUAAAUCAUCACUGCCUGAUGUCAAAGCAAGAGUGUUGGAAAAUGAAGUACUCAUUGAGAUCCAUUGUGAGAAGGAAAAUGGCAUUGAGAUCAAAAUAUUGAAUUUGCUUGAAAAUCUUCAUCUUAUUGUCACUGCCAGCAGUGUAUUUCCUUUUGGGAAUUCAACUCUUGGCUUCACUAUUGUUGCUCAGAUGGGUGACGAGUACAAAAUGAAGGUGAAUGAUCUGGUGAAAACCCUACAGCAAGUGCUUCUGAAUAUGAGGAGUUGAGAACCAGCAAAACCGAUCCGUACUAGUGUAUCAAGCAGGCUUUUUUCUUUCUUUUUUUAUGUAACAAAUUAAUGAAGAAAAUUGUGAAUGAACUUGAACACCAUCUUUUUAAUCCAAAAUAAUCGAGAAAAACUUGUAUAAGUUUUGUAAGAGAAAGGAAUUAUAUAUAUAUCAGUAUUACAAAAUAA